GUUGAGUAAUCAAACACACCCCUCUUCAGAUUGUGCAACUGCUACAAGUUUGCUCUUCAUGAUAGUUGUCUUACUAGCACGAAGCCGCCGCUUUACAGCGACGGGUUAAUAAAACAAAGUUCAUUAUAUGACGUGUGAGCAACCGCAGAGGUCUAAAUUGACUUUAUUCAGUCGCAAUGUCUUCCAGAAAGCGCAAAAAGUACACCAAGGAUAUACAGUGUGUUUUCUUUCCGGAUGAUGUCGGAACUGGUGUCCAGAAAGUCGGGAUAGAGCCAUCAUCACUUUCAUCCGUGUGUUCAGCCAAGAGUUGGGAGAAGUGUGGAGACAGCUUUGUGGACACCCCGGUGAUAAAGAACCUCAAGUCAUCAGGAAGAAAACUGUCCGCUGUAAGAAAGUUGGCACAGACCCCUGCUUUAGUGCAGACCAGUGCUAAUGAGGACCCAGUGCACAUUGCGUGGAGCUCCAGUGACAGUGAACAAUCUGACAAUGAGACCCAGGAGCAGCAUCUGUCCAGAUCUGUUCAGCCUCAGCAACAGCGUCCUCAUAAACAGGGGAGACCCACUGCUCCCAUUAGGUCUUAUACCAGAGAACUGCACACGCACAGCGCAGAUAAAGAUGACCUCCCCAUCAUAGACACAGACAGUGAUCUGGAUCAGUCUGAGGAGGAUGUUGAGAAGGACAGUGGGCAGCAGAUCUCUGACUGCGAGUCAGAGUCCUUCGAUGAAAAGCCGAAAGACUUGAACCCACUUAAACCUACAAAUGCGACAGAGCUAGAGAUCUCAGGCUACGUGUCUGAUGGAGAAAAUAUUGGUGACACUAUGACGCCGAGCAGACCGGACUCCGAGAGCUUUCCUCUCCAAACUGGUGAGGGCAGCAGAAGGUCAGUCAGUGACUGGGUCAGAUCGGCUCAGGCGAUGCUGCAGACACCUCAGAAAGCGCCUGACCAGCAGCCCAAGACUCCUGAAGACUCCGCCAAAAAGAAACGAAAGUUUCAAAGCGGAGGUCUUGCUGAGAGGCUGAAUCGACUCCAGUGUAGACAGAGGUCAGCUAUUAGCUUCUGGAGGCACCAGUCCAUCUCUGACACCUCAACAGCAACAACAGUGGACAGGCCUGGUGUGCUGGCGCUGGAGGUGCUGGAGGUUCAGAAAGAGUGCAGCAUGCAACUGGCACGCUGUGAGCACCACCAGCCCCCUGGAGAUGGCCACCAACACAUUGACCCUGCCUCUGGGGAGAGAGCUCGAGCUCAUGUGCUGGUGUUGUUCAACAGAGACACUGCAGCCCAGCUGAUUCCUGCGCCCAGAGAUAUCAUCCACAUAUACCCGCCAUGGCAAAGUCUUUCUAUAGAGGGCUUCAGCUGUGAUAUUAUUCUGAACACUCACUUCAGCCAGAAAGUCUUCUCUGCUUCCAAACCUUCUGACGCAUCCAGCUCAAGAAACCCGCUCUCAGCAGAGAGGUGCGCGCCAUAUUGUCUGGGGAAAAUAUUCGGACUACUGGAGGCAUGCAGGACCGCCAGUGAGAACGAUGCCAAACAGGGAGCUGUCCCCAAUGCUCUGUGCAAUUUUGGGGGUCCAGGGGGUUUGACAAAACACUGCCUUUCUCUCCUGGAGGCUAUUGAGGGACUGGGCCAGGCCGGCUCUGUGGGGCAGGACGUGGAGGUGGUGGUCCAGAGAGUUUUCUCCGUCCCUCUGCCUGACUGCUCAGCUGUGUCUGUCCUCAAACCCAGAGUUCCCUCCAGGUCCUCCUCAGCUCCUCCUCCUGCAGAGAAAGGGAACACCAGGCUGUGUGUUCUUGUCCAGGACAGUUACGGUAUGUUCAGUGUGGUCCAGCUGCACCUCCUGCCCCACAAGGACGACCUCCUCCAGUACUGCCAGAAGUGGCAGGGGAAGACCUGUGUGCUGAGAGACAUUAAAGUGGUGCGGCGGGUCACUCGAGAAAGGAGCACCAGGCUUUUCAGCUUGAUCGACAGUCUGUGGCCCCCCGCAAUGCCUCUCAGAGAUCAUGGAAACGCACAAAGCACGUCCAAUCAUGUCGGCAGUGUGGAAUCAGAGGCCUUCAGAACACGGCAGCCUUCACGUCAGCAGGCGUCUGUUCCACCGUGCCGGCUCUUGCUUUUAUACAGAUGUCGAUUGAGCUCUGUGACUAUGAUGUUUAUAUGUGAUAAGGCCCCCCCACCACCAUUCUGCCUCCAUACUGUUGAUACAGAACGGCGAGGUGGAAUAACAGUGAAAUGUUCCUGCCUUAAACAGGAGAGCAGAGCUGCAGGUCCAGCUCUGAGUUUCUGCUACCUGCUCUCAGGUCAGGAGAGCUCUGUUGAACCCAGUGAGGGGCAGACCGUGUCCACGCUGUACGUUCCCCCCACAGGACGAACAUUACGAGACAUACUGCAGAGUGAGAGAAAAACCUGUCGCUGCAGUUUUGUUGCCACUGUUAUAUACAAGAGAAUGCAGAGCAGUGAUGUAGGCCAGGGUGAGGUUUGGUUGGUUCUGACAGACCCCAGUCUUCAGGAGGAGCAGCCAGAGAGGCCAUGCAGGCGAACAGUGGCCCUGUGCGUGAGCACUUCCUGUGUGCUCACUUCCUCUGUCCUCGAAGCAUUGCAUUCCUCCGCUGCCUGCUGCGUGCUGUUCAGAGAUGCCAUCAAAGAACAUGGUGUCCUCCUGUGCGCGGAGCAGUCUGUCGUCGAGGUGCAGUCCACAACCAGGCCAGAGUCCCUUUCACAGUCACUGACCGACCCCCAGGCGAAGACCCUGCCCCAGCCUGUGAUACUGGAUCUCCUGAGUCUGGAGACCACACCCAACUCCCUCUGCACUCUCACAGGGGUGAUAGUUGGUGUGGAUGAGAACACCGCCUAUUCCUGGCCUGCCUGCAGUCACUGUGGGAGUGACAACUUAGAGAAGUUAGCUGAAAGGCCUCAGAACUUCCACUGUGCAUCUUGUAAGUCAGCAGUGGACAGGCCAGAUACAAAGAUUCAGCUGGAGGUGUUUCUGAGUUCUUCCUCAUUGAAUAAUUGCACUUUAAAGGUUAAGCUGCAGAAAAAGACAAUCAUGUCCGUUCUGAACGUCGCGUCGCUGGAGUUUAACGAGUUCCCAGGUUACGACGUGGAGAAUGUCCUGGGAAAAGAGGUGGGCCCCCUCGCCGUUUACGUCCGAGUCGUCACCAGGAAACCUGCCCUGUGGAUCGGCCUGGAAGAAAUCUGCCUCUGAAGGGUUGUUGGGGGCAAGUAGCUGAUGAUAUCAAUCCUCAGGCUUUCAGCUGGCCUCAAGGAUCUGCACACACACACACACACACCAGGCCUUGCUCCAAGCCAGUUUAGCCUCCUCUCCUCCCCCCCUCUGGAGGCCUCCCCCCUGACAGCUUAAGGCUGUGCUGAAGUGAACCGGCUGGUAAGAAGACAAGGUCUUGUUUGUGUUAAUGAUAUGUGAUCCUGUGGACCAGGAGGUGACAGCCCAAGGGUAGACCAGUGGCAUGCAGUCUGUCAAAGCAGCCCACGUGUUUCAUCAACUUGGCUGUGACUUUCAGAAGAGAACUCUUGAGUCUAAAAACAUUUUGAAGUGGUCUUAAAACCCUUUCUUUUCCCAACUAACAUUAUCUACCUCUGUUUUCAAGAUUACUGACACUGUGUCAAUAAACUUUUUUUUUGCUGACUUAA